AUGUAAACUAAUUAUUCACCUCCUUCAACUCCUUCAAACAUCUUUGAAAAACUUAAACAUUAUAGAAAAAGUUAAAUGUCCUCUGUUUUACGAAAUCUAUUAAACAGUCCUCCAAGCAGACCAACAACUAUGUAAAAACCCUAACUUAAGUUACAAUCCUUCUCAUAGAGGACAUCACCAAUUCCAAAAGAUUUGUCAGUAUUUGAAAGAACUCAAGAUCAAACAGUCAAACAUUUAGACUUCAGUCAUCUCCAUGAGUUUGAGAUUAGAACACCAAAUAUGACUCCUCAUUCACCUUUAAACUCAAAAAAUCAGAUGAGUAGAGUAUUAAAUUUAUGUGAUUCUUUUUCAAGGAACAAAAAAUGAACUCUUUCAUCAAUUCAUAAAGGUACAACAAGAAUGA